UAUCCAUGAAAGGGAACAGAAAAGGAUAUCAGGAUGUGAAAGAUGUGGUCCUCCUGUGUCUGGAAUUGGUGGGUUCUUGAUCUCACUGACUUCAAGAAUGAAGCUGCGGACCCUCGCGGAUGGAAAUAUGAUGUGAUGGAUAUAAUUAUGGGACACUGUGUGGGCACACGCCCUCCUCCUUGUUGCCUCAUCCUCCUGCUUUUCAAGCUUUUGGCCACUGUCUCCCAGGGGCUGCCGGGAACUGGACCCCUGGGCUUCCACUUCACACAUUCCAUUUAUAAUGCUACCGUGUAUGAGAACUCAGCAGCAAGGACCUACGUCAACAGCCAGAGUAGAAUGGGCAUCACCUUAAUAGAUCUAUCCUGGGAUAUCAAAUACAGAAUAGUGUCCGGAGAUGAGGAAGGCUUUUUCAAAGCAGAGGAAGUCAUCAUUGCAGAUUUCUGUUUUCUCAGAAUAAGAACUAAAGGUGGCAAUUCUGCCAUAUUAAAUAGGGAAAUCCAGGAUAAUUAUUUAUUGAUAGUAAAAGGUUCUGUCAGAGGAGAGGAUUUGGAAGCAUGGACCAAAGUGAAUAUACAGGUUUUAGAUAUGAAUGAUCUAAGACCUUUGUUUUCACCCACAACAUACUCUGUUACCAUAGCAGAAAGCACACCUCUAAGGACUAGUGUCGCCCAGGUGACUGCAACAGACGCAGAUAUUGGUUCCAAUGGAGAAUUCUACUACUACUUUAAAAAUAAAGUUGAUCUCUUUUCAGUUCACCCCACGAGUGGUGUCAUCUCCUUAAGUGGUCGAUUAAAUUAUGAUGAAAAGAAUAGGUAUGAUCUGGAAAUUUUGGCUGUGGACCGGGGAAUGAAACUGUAUGGAAACAAUGGAGUGAGCAGUACUGCAAAGCUUUAUGUUCACAUUGAGCGCAUAAAUGAACAUGCCCCAACAAUCCAUGUAGUCACUCAUGUUCCUUUCUCAUUGGAAAAAGAGCCAACAUAUGCAGUGGUGACUGUUGAUGACUUAGAUGAUGGAGCCAAUGGAGAGAUCGAAUCUGUUUCCAUUGUGUCUGGGGAUCCUUUAGAUCAGUUCUUCCUGGCUAAGGACGGAAAGUGGUUGAAUGAGUACAAGAUUAAGGAGAGGAGGCAGAUUGACUGGGAAAGGUUUCCCUAUGGCUACAAUCUCACUCUUCAAGCAAAAGACAAGGGAUCUCCUCAAAAAUUUUCAGCAUUAAAGGCAGUCUACAUUGGCAACCCCACAAGAGACACUGUCCCCGUUAGAUUUGUAAAAGAAGUGUACGAUGUGAGCAUAAGUGAAUUUUCCCCUCCUGGUGUCGUGGUUGCUAUAGUAAAAUUAAGUCCUGAACCGAUAGAUGUGGAAUACAAAUUGUCUCCUGGUGAGGAUGCAGUGUACUUUAAAAUUAAUCCUCGGUCGGGUCUGAUUGUUACAGCACAGCCACUGAAUACUAUUAAGAAGGAGGUUUAUAAACUGGAGGUGACAAACAAGGAAGGAGAUUUAAAAGCACAAGUCACCAUCAGCAUAGAAGAUGCGAACGACCACACCCCAGAAUUUCAGCAACCACUGUAUGAUGCUUAUGUGAAUGAAAGUGUCCCGGUGGGAACCAGCGUUCUAACAGUUUCGGCUUCUGAUAAGGAUAAAGGAGAAAAUGGGUACAUCACCUACAGUAUCGCUAGCCUGAAUUUGUUACCAUUUGCCAUUAACCAGUUUACAGGUGUUAUUAGCACAACUGAAGAAUUGGAUUUUGAAUCCUCCCCAGAAAUUUACAGAUUCGUUGUUAGAGCCUCUGACUGGGGUUCGCCGUACCGCCAUGAAAGUGAGGUUAAUGUGACUAUUCGAAUAGGAAAUGUCAACGACAACAGCCCUCUCUUUGAAAAAGUGGCUUGCCAGGGAGUUAUUUCAUAUGACUUUCCGGUUGGUGGUCACAUCACAGCGGUCUCAGCGAUCGAUAUUGAUGAACUUGAACUUGUAAAGUACAAAAUCAUUUCUGGAAAUGAACUUGGCUUCUUUUAUUUAAACCCAGAUUCUGGUGUUUUACAGCUUAAAAAAUCACUGACAAAUUCUGGCAUUAAAAAUGGCAACUUUGCCCUCAGAAUUACAGCAACUGAUGGAGAGAAUCUUGCAGACCCCAUGUCUAUUAACAUUUCAGUCCUACAUGGGAAAGUGUCUUCAAAGAGCUUCAGUUGCAGAGAAACUCGUGUGGCUCAAAAGCUGGCAGAGAAACUACUCAUUAAGGCAAAAGCAAAUGGGAAACUGAAUCUGGAAGAUGGAUUUCUUGACUUUUACUCAAUUAAUAGACAGGGACCAUAUUUUGACAAGUCUUUUCCUUCUGAUGUGGCUGUAAAGGAGGAUCUGCCAGUUGAUGCUAACAUUCUGAAGAUUAAAGCCUAUGAUGCUGACUCCGGCUUCAAUGGAAAAGUGCUAUUUACAAUAUCAGAUGGAAAUACAGAUAGUUGCUUUAAUAUUGAUAUGGAGACUGGGCAGCUUAAAGUCCUUAUGCCUAUGGAUCGAGAACACACAGACCUCUAUCUCCUUAAUAUCACCAUCUAUGACUUAGGUAAUCCACAGAAAUCAUCAUGGAGACUGCUGACCAUCAAUGUGGAGGAUGCUAAUGACAAUAGCCCAGUUUUUAUUCAAGACAGUUACUCAGUUAACAUUCUUGAAAGUUCAGGCAUUGGUACUGAAAUCAUUCAAGUGGAAGCCAGAGACAAAGACUUAGGUUCUAAUGGUGAAGUGACUUACUCAGUCUUGACAGAUACACAGCAGUUUGCCAUCAAUAGCUCAACUGGAAUCGUUUAUGUAGCCGACCAGUUGGACCGGGAAUCUAAAGCCAAUUAUUCUUUGAAAAUAGAAGCCAGGGACAAGGCAGAGAGUGGUCAGCAGCUGUUUUCAGUUGUCACUCUUAAAGUUUUUUUAGAUGAUGUCAAUGACUGCUCCCCGGCUUUCAUUCCCAGUAGCUAUAGUGUGAAGGUUCUUGAAGAUCUCCCUGUUGGCACUGUCAUUGCUUGGCUUGAGACUCAUGAUCCAGAUCUUGGAUUAGGGGGUCAAGUGCGCUAUUCUUUGGUCAAUGACUAUAAUGGGAGAUUUGAAAUAGAUAAAGCAAGUGGUGCCAUCCGCUUGAGCAAAGAGCUUGAUUAUGAGAAACAGCAGUUCUAUAACCUUACUGUGCGGGCCAAAGACAAAGGGCGGCCUGUCUCUCUGUCAUCUGUUUCCUUUGUUGAGGUGGAAGUGGUGGAUGUCAAUGAAAACCUCCACACUCCCUAUUUCCCAGACUUUGCUGUUGUUGGAUCUGUAAAAGAAAACUCACGCAUUGGAACAAGCGUGCUGCAGGUGACUGCUCGAGAUGAAGAUUCUGGAAGGGAUGGAGAGAUCCAGUACUCCAUCAGGGAUGGCAGUGGUCUUGGAAGGUUCAGUAUAGACGACGAGAGUGGGGUCAUCACUGCCGCAGACAUUCUUGAUCGGGAGACAACGGGGUCAUACUGGCUAACAGUGUAUGCCACAGACAGGGGCGUUGUUCCACUCUACUCCACCAUUGAGGUCUACAUUGAAGUUGAAGAUGUGAACGACAAUGCCCCGCUGACCUCAGAACCUAUAUAUUAUCCUGUUGUCAUGGAAAACUCUCCAAAGGACGUAUCUGUCAUUCAGAUCCAGGCUGAAGAUCCUGACUCCAGUUCCAAUGAAAAACUGACAUACAGGAUUACAAGUGGAAAUCCUCAGAAUUUUUUUGCCAUCAAUAUCAAAACAGGUCUGAUUACAACAACUUCAAGGAAAUUGGAUCGAGAACAGCAGGCAGAACAUUUUCUGGAGGUGACUGUGACAGAUGGUGGUCCCUCUCCAAAACAGUCAACCAUUUGGGUGGUGGUUCAGGUUCUAGAUGAAAAUGACAACAAGCCCCAGUUCCCAGAGAAGGUCUACCAGAUCAAGCUGCCAGAACGUGACCGAAAGAAGAGAGGAGAACCGAUUUACAGGGCUUUUGCAUUUGAUAGAGAUGAGGGCCCCAACGCAGAAAUCUCCUACAGUAUUGUGGAUGGGAAUGAUGACGGAAAGUUCUUUAUUGACCCUAAAACUGGGAUGGUUUCUUCUAGAAAGCAGUUUACAGCAGGGAGUUAUGACAUCCUAACGAUAAAGGCAGUGGACAAUGGGCGCCCACAGAAAUCCUCCACGGCCCGCCUUCAUAUUGAAUGGAUUAAGAAACCACCCCCUUCGCCUAUACCAUUGACCUUCGAUGAGCCAUUUUAUAACUUCACAGUCAUGGAAAGUGAUAGAGUGACUGAAAUUGUAGGGGUGGUGUCUGUGCAGCCAGCUAACACCCCUCUGUGGUUUGACAUAGUUGGUGGCAAGCAUGCUCGAGAGAUGUUCUAUAUUCUACAGACAGCUUGUGGGCAGAACUGUUCAACAGAAGGGGGGAAUUUUGACAGCGCUUUUGAUGCAGAGAAGGGUGUUGGGACAAUUGUCAUCGCAAAACCUUUGGACGCAGAGCAGAGGUCCAUCUAUAAUAUGAGUGUGGAAGUCACCGAUGGGACAAAUGUUGCUGUUACUCAGGUAUUUAUCAAAGUGCUGGAUAAUAAUGAUAAUGGCCCAGAAUUCUCUCAGCCGAAUUACGAUGUGACAAUUUCCGAGGAUGUGCUUCCAGACACGGAGAUCCUGCAGAUUGAAGCCACAGAUAGAGAUGAGAAGCACAAGCUGAGCUACACUGUCCAUAGCAGCAUCGACUCCAUCAGCAUGAGAAAAUUCCGGAUUGACCCUAGCACUGGCGUGCUCUAUACUGCCGAGAGGCUGGACCAUGAGGCCCAGGACAAGCACAUUCUCAACAUAAUGGUCAGAGAUCAGGAGUUUCCUUAUCGAAGAAACUUGGCCCGAGUCAUUGUGAAUGUGGAGGAUGCUAAUGAUCACAGUCCUUAUUUUACCAACCCACUGUAUGAAGCGUCUGUGUUUGAAUCUGCUGCUCUGGGAUCAGCUGUUCUGCAAGUGACGGCUCUGGACAAAGACAAAGGAGAAAAUGCAGAACUCAUAUAUACCAUAGAAGCAGGGAACACUGGGAACACGUUUAAGAUUGAACCGGUCCUAGGCAUCAUCACCAUUUGCAAAGAACCAGACAUGACGACGAUGGGUCAGUUUGUCCUAUCCAUCAAAGUCACAGAUCAGGGAUCCCCACCAAUGUCUGCCACUGCAAUUGUGCGCAUUUCCGUCACCAUGUCUGACAAUUCUCACCCCAAGUUCAUUCACAAAGACUACCAAGCAGAAGUAAAUGAAAAUGUUGACAUUGGAACAUCAGUCAUUCUAAUCUCUGCCAUCAGUCAAUCUACCCUCAUUUAUGAAGUCAAAGAUGGAGACAUUAAUGGGAUCUUUACCAUAAAUCCAUAUUCUGGAGUCAUCACCACUCGGAAGGCCCUGGAUUAUGAGCGCACAUCCUCUUAUCAGCUCAUCAUUCAGGCCACCAAUAUGGCAGGAAUGGCUUCCAAUGCUACAGUCAAUAUUCAGAUUGUUGAUGAAAAUGAUAAUGCCCCAGUUUUUCUCUUUUCUCAAUACUCAGGCAGCCUAAGUGAGGCUGCCCCAAUUAAUAGCAUUGUCAGGAGCUUGGAUAACAGCCCACUGGUGAUUCGAGCCACAGAUGCUGACAGCAACCGGAAUGCUCUGCUUGUGUAUCAGAUUGUGGAGUUGACAGCAAAAAAGUUUUUCACGGUGGACUCCAGUACAGGUGCAAUCAGAACAAUUGCCAACCUGGACCAUGAAACCAUCGCCCAUUUCCAUUUUCAUGUGCAUGUGAGAGACAGUGGUAGCCCCCAACUGACUGCAGAGAGUCCCGUUGAAGUCAACAUUGAGGUGACAGAUGUGAAUGAUAACCCACCUGUUUUUACUCAGGCUGUGUUUGAGACUAUCUUACUUCUACCUACGUAUGUCGGAGUGGAGGUUCUGAAAGUUAGUGCCACAGAUCCUGACUCUGAGGUACCCCCUGAACUAACAUACAGCCUAAUGGAAGGCAGCUUGGAUCAUUUUUUAAUUGACUCAAACAGUGGAGUACUUACCAUAAAAAACAACAACCUCUCCAAGGAUCACUACAUGCUGAUAGUUAAGGUGUCUGAUGGAAAGUUCUACAGUACAUCCAUGGUCACCAUCAUGGUUAAAGAAGCCAUGGACAGCGGCCUCCACUUUACACAAAGCUUCUAUUCCACCUCAAUCUCAGAGAACAACACUAACAUAACCAAAGUUGCUAUUGUCAAUGCAGUUGGAAACCGCCUUAAUGAGCCCUUAAAAUACAGUAUCUUAAACCCAGGAAAUAAGUUCAAGAUAAAAUCUACCUCAGGGGUCAUUCAGACGACUGGACUCCCCUUUGACCGUGAAGAACAAGAGUUAUAUGAGCUGGUGGUAGAAGCCAGCCGUGAGCUGGACCAUCUGCGUGUGGCCAGAGUGGUGGUCAGGGUUAACAUUGAAGACAUAAAUGACAAUUCUCCAGUCUUUGUGGGCCUCCCAUACUAUGCUACUGUUCAAGUGGAUGCAGAACCCGGGACUCUGAUUUAUCAGGUGACAGCCAUUGACAAAGAUAAAGGUCCAAAUGGGGAAGUGACCUAUGUCCUGCAGGAUGACUAUGGCCACUUUGAAAUUAACCCUAAUUCAGGGAAUGUUAUUUUAAAGGAAGCAUUCAACUCUGACUUGUCCAACAUUGAGUAUGGAGUCACCAUCCUAGCCAAGGAUGGUGGAAAACCCUCUUUGUCUACAUCUGUGGAGCUUCCCAUCACUAUUGUCAACAAAGCAAUGCCUGUGUUUGAUAAGCCCUUUUAUACAGCAUCUGUCAAUGAAGACAUCAGAAUGAACACACCCAUCCUAAGCAUCAAUGCCACCAGUCCAGAAGGCCAAGGCAUCAUAUAUAUCAUUAUCGAUGGGGACCCUUUUAAACAGUUUAACAUUGACUUUGACACUGGGGUCCUGAAAGUUGUUAGCCCUUUGGAUUAUGAAGUUACAUCUGCUUACAAGCUGACAAUAAGAGCCAGCGAUGCCCUUACUGGUGCUAGGGCUGAAGUCACUGUUGACUUGCUAGUUAAUGAUGUAAAUGACAACCCCCCUAUUUUUGAUCAGCCCACAUACAAUACAACACUAUCAGAAGCAUCUCUUAUCGGGACACCUGUUUUACAAGUUGUCUCUAUUGAUGCAGACUCAGAAAACAAUAAAAUGGUACAUUAUCAGAUUGUCCAGGAUACCUACAAUAGCACAGAUUAUUUUCACAUAGAUAGCUCAAGUGGCUUAAUCCUGACAGCACGAAUGCUGGACCAUGAGUUAGUACAACAUUGCACUUUGAAAGUCAGAUCAACAGAUAGUGGCUUCCCAUCACUGAGCAGUGAGGUUCUGGUUCAUAUCUACAUCUCUGAUGUAAAUGACAACUCUCCAGUUUUUAAUCAGCUCAUUUAUGAGUCAUAUGUGAGUGAAUUAGCCCCUCGGGGCCAUUUUGUAACCUGUGUACAAGCCUCUGAUGCAGACAGCUCUGAUUUUGACCGGUUGGAAUAUAGCAUUUUAUCUGGGAAUGACCGGACGAGCUUUCUGAUGGACAGCAAGAGUGGAGUUAUCACAUUGUCCAACCACCGGAAGCAGCGGAUGGAGCCUCUGUACAGUCUCAAUGUGUCUGUCUCUGAUGGGUUGUUCACCAGCACUGCACAGGUGCAUAUUAGGGUACUUGGGGCUAACUUGUACAGCCCUGCCUUUUCACAAAGCACAUACGUAGCUGAGGUGAGAGAGAACGUGGCUGCAGGAACAAAGGUAAUUCAUGUUCGAGCCACAGAUAGUGAUCCAGGGACUUAUGGGCAGAUCAGCUAUGCCAUCAUCAAUGACUUUGCCAAGGAUCGAUUCCUCAUAGACAGCAAUGGGCAGGUCAUCACCACAGAAAGGCUAGACCGGGAAAACCCUCUAGAAGGGGAUGUUAGUAUUUUUGUGAGGGCCCUUGAUGGUGGAGGGAGAACAACUUUCUGCACUGUGAGAGUGAUUGUUGUGGAUGAAAAUGACAAUGCUCCCCAGUUCAUGACAGUGGAAUAUAGAGCCAGUGUCAGGGCAGAUGUUGGAAGGGGCCAUUUGGUCUCUCAAGUUCAAGCCAUAGAUCCCGAUGAUGGAGCAAAUUCAAGGAUUACUUAUUCUCUCUAUAGCGAGGCCUCUGUUUCAGUGGCUGACCUCCUGGAAAUCGAUCCUGACAAUGGCUGGAUGGUCACAAAGGGUAAUUUUAACCAGCUGAAAAAUACAGUGCUUUCAUUCUUUGUCAAAGCAGUAGAUGGGGGCAUCCCAGUAAAGCACUCCCUCAUUCCUGUCUAUAUCCACGUCUUGCCCCCUGAAACGUUCUUGCCAUCAUUCACCCAGUCUCAGUAUUCCUUUACCAUUGCAGAAGAUACAGCCAUUGGGAGUACAGUGGACACCCUGAGGAUUUUGCCCAGUCAGAAUGUCCGGUUCAGCACAGUUAAUGGGGAACGGCCAGAAAAUAACAAAGGGGGCGUAUUCGUCAUAGAACAGGAAACAGGCACUAUUAAGCUUGACAAACGCCUUGACCAUGAAACCAGCCCAGCUUUCCACUUUAAAGUAGCAGCCACUAUACCCCUGGACAAAGUAGACAUUGUGUUUACUGUGGAUGUAGAUAUCAAGGUAUUGGAUUUGAAUGACAACAAGCCAGUCUUUGAAACUUCAAGCUAUGACACCAUUAUAAUGGAAGGGAUGCCUGUUGGCACCAAACUCACACAAGUGAGAGCUAUUGAUAUGGACUGGGGAGCCAAUGGACAAGUCACUUACUCCCUCCACUCGGAUUCCCAGCCUGAAAAGGUAAUGGAAGCAUUCAAUAUUGACAGCAACACAGGCUGGAUCAGUACCUUGAAGGACCUAGAUCACGAGACAGACCCCACAUUCACCUUCUCUGUGGUGGCCUCUGACCUUGGAGAGGCAUUCUCUCUUUCCUCCACGGCCUUGGUCUCUGUCAGAGUGACAGAUAUAAAUGACAAUGCACCGGUCUUCGUGCAGGAAGUGUACCGAGGGAAUGUGAAGGAGAGCGACCCACCGGGCGAGGUGGUAGCCGUCCUCAGCACCUGGGACAGAGACACGUCCGACGUUAAUCGCCAAGUGAGCUACCAUAUUACAGGAGGAAACCCUCGAGGAAGGUUUGCUCUGGGCCUGGUGCAAAGUGAGUGGAAGGUCUAUGUGAAGAGGCCUCUAGACAGAGAAGAACAGGACAUUUACUUUCUCAAUAUCACUGCCACUGACGGGCUUUUUGUCACACAGGCCAUGGUGGAAGUGACCGUCAGUGAUGUGAAUGACAACAGCCCAGUGUGUGAUCAGGUUGCAUAUACAGCAUUACUUCCUGAAGACAUUCCAUCAAAUGAAAUCAUCCUGAAAGUCAGUGCAAAGGAUGCUGAUAUUGGAUCCAAUGGAGAUAUACGAUACUCACUCUAUGGAUCUGGAAACAGUGAAUUUUUUCUAGAUCCAGAAAGUGGCGAGUUAAAAACCUUGGCUCUGUUGGACCGGGAGAGGAUCCCCAUGUACAGCCUGAUGGCCAAGGCCACUGACGGGGGUGGCAGGUUCUGCCAGUCCAACAUCCACCUAAUCCUGGAGGACGUGAAUGAUAACCCCCCUGUGUUUUCUUCUGACCACUACAAUGCCUGCGUCCAUGAGAACACAGCCACCAAGGCUCUGUUGACCAGAGUUCAAGCCGUGGACCCCGACAUUGGCAUCAACAGGAAGGUCGUGUACUCCCUGGCAGACUCAGCUGGUGGGGUCUUCUCCAUUGACAGUUCAUCUGGCAUCAUCAUCCUGGAGCAGCCGCUGGACCGCGAGCAGCAGUCUUCGUACAACAUCAGCGUGCGGGCCACUGACCAGAGUCCUGGACAGUCCCUGUCCUCUCUCACUACUGUCACCAUCACCGUCCUGGACAUUAACGACAACCCCCCUGUGUUUGAGAGGAGGGACUACCUGGUGACAGUGCCUGAGGACACCUCCCCUGGCACCCAAGUCCUUGCUGUUUUUGCCACCAGCAAAGAUAUCGGCACAAAUGCUGAGAUCACUUAUCUCAUCCGGUCUGAGAACGAACAAGGGAAAUUUAAGAUCAACCCCAAGACAGGGGGUAUUUCUGUCUCUGAAGUCCUGGACUAUGAAUUAUGCAAAAGGUUUUACCUGGUAGUGGAAGCCAAAGAUGGGGGCACCCCAGCUCUCAGCGCUGUGGCCACUGUCAACAUCAACCUCACGGAUGUUAAUGACAACCCUCCCAAGUUCAGCCAAGACGUCUACAGUGCGGUUAUCAGUGAAGACGCCUUGGUGGGAGACUCUGUCAUUUUGCUAAUAGCAGAAGAUGUAGACAGCCAGCCCAAUGGACAGAUUCAUUUUUCCAUUGUGAAUGGAGAUCGGGACAAUGAAUUUACUGUGGAUCCUGUCUUGGGGCUUGUGAAAGUUAAGAAGAAAUUGGACCGGGAACGGGUGUCUGGAUACUCUCUGCUUGUCCAGGCAGUAGACAGUGGCAUUCCUGCAAUGUCAUCAACUGCAACUGUCAACAUUGAUAUUUCUGAUGUGAAUGACAACAGCCCAGUGUUUACACCUGCCAACUAUACUGCUGUGAUUCAGGAAAAUAAGCCAGUGGGCACCAGCAUCUUGCAGCUGGUGGUGACAGACAGAGACUCCUUUCACAAUGGGCCUCCCUUUUCAUUCUCUAUUUUGUCGGGAAAUGAAGAGGAGGAGUUUGUGUUGGACCCUCAUGGGAUCUUGCGGUCGGCUGUGGUCUUCCAGCACACAGAGUCUCUGGAAUACGUGUUGUGUGUCCAGGCAAAGGAUUCAGGGAAACCCCAGCAAGUUUCUCACACUUACAUCCGCGUUCGAGUCAUCGAGGAAAGCACCCACAAGCCCACAGCCAUUCCGCUGGAAAUUUUCAUUGUCACCAUGGAGGAUGACUUUCCUGGUGGAGUCAUUGGGAAGAUUCAUGCCACAGAUCAAGACAUGUAUGACGUGCUCACGUUUGCCCUGAAAUCGGAGCAGAAAAGCUUAUUUAAAGUGAACAGUCACGAUGGGAAAAUCAUUGCCCUGGGAGGCCUGGACAGCGGCAAGUAUGUCCUGAAUGUGUCUGUGAGUGAUGGUCGCUUCCAGGUACCCAUUGAUGUGGUCGUGCAUGUGGAGCAGCUGGUGCAUGAGAUGCUGCAAAACACUGUCACCAUCCGCUUUGAAAAUGUGUCCCCUGAGGACUUCGUGGGGCUGCACAUGCAUGGGUUCCGGCGCACGCUGCGGAAUGUGGUCCUCACCCAGAAGCAAGACAGCCUGCGCAUCAUCAGCAUCCAGCCCGUGGCAGGCACCAACCAGCUGGACAUGCUGUUUGCGGUGGAGAUGCACAGCAGCGAGUUCUACAAGCCAGCCUACCUGAUCCAGAAGCUGUCCAAUGCCAGAAGACACCUGGAGAAUAUCAUGCGCAUCUCAGCCAUCCUGGAGAAGAACUGUUCAGGGCUGGACUGUCAGGAACAGCAUUGUGAGCAAGGCUUGUCACUCGAUUCCCACGCGCUCAUGACCUACAGCACAGCUCGCAUCAGCUUUGUGUGUCCGCGUUUCUACAGGAACGUGCGCUGCACCUGCAAUGGAGGACUGUGUCCGGGGUCCAGCGAUCCUUGUAUGGAGAAGCCGUGUCCAGCAGACAUGCAGUGUGUCGGUUAUGAAGCCAGCAGGAGACCGUUCCUCUGCCAGUGUCCACCAGGGAAGCUCGGAGAGUGCUCAGGGCACACUUCUCUCAGCUUUGCUGGAAACAGUUACAUCAAAUAUCGGCUUUCUGAAAAUAGCAAAGAAGAGGAUUUUAAACUAGCUCUGCGUCUUCGAACACUGCAAAGCAAUGGGAUUAUAAUGUACACCAGAGCAAAUCCCUGCAUAAUUCUGAAGAUUGUGGAUGGCAAGCUGUGGUUCCAGCUGGACUGCGGCAGCGGCCCUGGAAUCUUGGGCAUCUCGGGCCGUGCUGUCAACGACGGGAGCUGGCACUCGGUCUUCCUGGAGCUCAACCGCAAUUUCACGAGCCUGUCCCUGGAUGACAGCUACGUGGAGCGGCGCCGGGCGCCCCUCUACUUCCAGACGCUGAGCACUGAGAGUAGCAUCUACUUCGGCGCCCUGGUGCAAGCGGAUAACAUCCGCAGCCUGACUGACACGCGGGUCACGCAGGUGCUCAGCGGCUUCCAGGGCUGCCUGGACUCGGUGAUACUGAAUAACAACGAGCUGCCACUGCAGAACAAGCGCAGCAGCUUCGCGGAGGUGGUGGGCCUGACGGAGCUGAAGCUGGGCUGCGUGCUCUAUCCCGACGCGUGCGAGCGCAGCCCGUGCCAGCACGGGGGCAGCUGCACUGGCCUGCCGUCCGGGGGCUAUCAGUGUACCUGUCUCUCACAGUUUACGGGCAGAAACUGUGAAUCUGAGAUUACAGCCUGCUUCCCAAACCCCUGCCGGAAUGGAGGAUCCUGUGAUCCAAUAGGAAACACUUUCAUCUGCAAUUGUAAAGCUGGGCUCACUGGAGUCACGUGUGAGGAGGACAUCAAUGAGUGCGAACGAGAGGAGUGUGAGAACGGAGGCUCCUGCGUGAACGUGUUUGGCUCCUUCCUCUGCAACUGCACCCCGGGCUACGUGGGCCAGUACUGCGGGCUGCGCCCUGUGGUGGUGCCCAAUAUCCAGGCUGGCCACUCCUACGUGGGGAAGGAGGAGCUCAUCGGCAUCGCCGUGGUCCUCUUCGUCAUCUUCAUCCUGGUGGUCCUCUUCAUCGUCUUCCGCAAGAAGGUCUUCCGUAAGAACUACUCCCGCAACAACAUCACGCUAGUGCAGGACCCGGCCACCGCUGCCCUGCUCAACAAGAGCAACGGCAUCCCGUUCCGGAACCUGCGCGGCAGUGGGGACGGCCGCAACGUCUACCAGGAGGUGGGGCCCCCGCAGGUCCCCGUGCGCCCCAUGGCCUACACACCCUGCUUCCAGAGCGACUCCAGGAGCAACCUGGAUAAGAUUGUGGAUGGGCUGGGAGGCGAGCACCAGGAAAUGACCACGUUUCACCCUGAGUCGCCCCGCAUCCUGACAGCCCGGCGGGGCGUGGUCGUGUGCAGUGUGGCCCCCAACCUCCCCGCCGUGUCACCCUGCCGCUCCGACUGCGACUCCAUCCGGAAGAAUGGCUGGGACGCGGGAACUGAGAACAAAGGGGUUGAUGACCCGGGAGAAGUGACCUGCUUUGCAGGUAGUAAUAAAGGCAGCAACUCUGAAGUUCAGUCCCUCAGCUCCUUCCAGUCAGAUUCUGGUGAUGACAAUGCCUCCAUAGUGACUGUCAUUCAGCUUGUCAACAAUGUAGUUGACACUAUGGAGAAUGAAGUGUCUGUCAUGGACCAAGGACAGAACUACAACCGAGCCUAUCACUGGGACACCUCUGAUUGGAUGCCAGGGGCCCGCCUGUCGGACAUAGAGGAAGUGCCCAACUAUGAGAACCAGGAUGGAGGGUCUGCACACCAGGGGAGCACACGGGAACUGGAGAGCGAUUACUACCUGGGUGGUUAUGACAUUGACAGUGAAUACCCACCACCUCAUGAAGAGGAGUUCUUGAGUCAGGACCAGCUGCCUCCUCCUCUCCCGGAGGACUUCCCGGACCAAUAUGAAGCCCUGCCACCCUCCCAGUCUGUCUCCCUGGCCAGCACACUGAGCCCAGACUGCAGGAGAAGGCCCCAGUUUCAUCCUAGCCAGUAUCUCCCUCCUCACCCAUUCCCCAAUGAAACGGAUUUGGUGGGCCCGCCUGCCAGCUGUGAAUUUAGUACUUUUGCUGUGAGCAUGAACCAGGGCACAGAGCCCACAGGCCCAGCAGACAGCGUGUCUCUGUCCUUGCACAAUUCCAGAGGCACCUCAUCCUCGGAUGUGUCAGCCAAUUGCGGCUUUGACGAUUCCGAAGUAGCCAUGAGUGACUACGAGAGCGUGGGAGAGCUCAGCCUCGCCAGCCUUCACAUUCCCUUUGUGGAGACUCAGCACCAGACUCAAGUGUAGACACCAUAUCAUGGGUACUUCACCCUGUUUGUUACAGAAAAGUGGGAGCAGAUUGGCUGGGCUUCUGUCCCAGUGGAGCGUUGUCUGUGGAAUGAGAAGGGAAUAUGGUAUUUUUCCACUAGAAACUUCUUCACAAGUCAUACUGUCCCAACAAGCAAGCUUGAUUCCAGUUGGGUGAAAAUGAAAGGCUCAGAAAUUGUUUUUGAGAGGUGACUGGUAAUCCUUGAUGUAGGUACCUAUGUUCACAGCUAAAAAUGCAAAGAGGGAAAAAUUAUUUCACCCACUAAGUUAUACAGCCAGUCUUGUAUGGCUUUGUGCAGUAUUGUGCCCUGGAAAGUGUUACAGCAUCAAUCCUUGCAGUAUUAAAAACUGGCAACAAUCAAAGAGGCAUUGUUGCAUGUAAUUUUGAGCCAAUGAAAUGAAAAUAGUAGUAAUGAUUGUUGGAAAAGUUAGUCUCUUAGGCGAAAGAAAAGAGAAACAAAUAUUAUUAAACAAACCAGAAAAUGGGCUGAAGCCUUUUAAAUCAACUCUAUUUUUUUGAUAAGCUGCCCAAUUUUCAGCUAUAAAAUUAGGUUUGAAUAACAUGUUUAGUAUGCUCAGUUAUUUCUGUUUGUGUUAAGCAUCCAAUCUAAUAUAGUUGGGUUUUAUGAUCUUCGAGAAAGGUAUCAAUGAAGAGCAACAUGAGGCUUUUUGGGUUCCAUUUGGUGGGUGGGGGAGGAAGUUAAAGCUGUUUGAACAUUAGAAAGAAUGUGAUUAUCUGGUUGGUUUUGUGUUUUCUGGUAAAUAUUCCAGUCGGUAAAUCUAACAUUGCUACAGAAGUUGGCUUUGUUCAUAUAGCUUCUCUACAAUUAGAUAUUUUUAGAAGUUUAAGCAAAACUCACAAAUUCAGGGGGGAGAAAAAGAAAAAACGAUACCUUCAAAGUUUGCAGCCUAGAUAAUCACAAUUCUUGAUAAUACAGAGGAAAGGCGUCUGUUAUUCUAAAUCAGUAGCGUCACCAUUAUAAAUACAAUUAUGUUAAGAAAAGAGGAAAGUAGACUAGUUAUUGUGUAUAAAUUAUAAUAGUGUGUGUGUGUCUGGGCCUAUGUACAAAUAUGUGCUUGCACUCAGUAAGGCUGCUCUUGAGGAAAGCUAAUGUGAAGGUUUUGGGAAAUGGACCAUAUUGAAAAUUCUGCCGGCGAGCAUGGCAUACCUUUCAAUUUCUGUGAUCUCUAUGGUGUUAGAGAAACAUCAAAUGUCAUAUUUUACUCUGGUUCAGUUAACCUUAUUUUGGUACUGCCAAUAAAGCAAAAUUGUGCUUUUUUUUUCUCAAGACAGAGUCUUGCUCUGUCACCCAGGCUAGAGUACAAUGGUGUGAUCUUGGCUCACUGCAAUCUCCACCUCCUGAGUUCAAGCGAUUCUCCUGCCUCAGCUUCCCAAGUUGCUGGGGUUACAGGUGUGUGCCACCACGCCUGGCUAAUUUUUUGUAUUUUUAGUAGAGAUGGGGUUUCACCAUGUUGGCCAGGCUGGUCUCGAACUCCUGACCUCGUAAUCCACCCGCCGUGGCCUCCCAAAGUGCUGGAAUUACAGGCAUGAGCCACCGCGCCCAGCCCAAAACUGUGCUUUUUAAAAACAGUGUUUUGUUAUAAUUUUCCAGAACUUACCUCUGUUUUAAAAAUGUGUAAUGUUUGAUUACACCCUGGGAUUCCCUUCUCAUCUGUGGACUUUGGCCAUGAUUUCCAAAAUUAACAGGAGAAUUUUUCCACUGGAAAUAUAACAAUCCAGUCCUCAAAACUUAAAAUUGACAAGUUGAGUGACUUUCCUUUUUUGCUUCAAUUAGAUUAUGGCCGCCUGUGCAGUGGCCAUGGUAAAUAUAUGCAUAUUUGCACUAUCUGCUUAAUGAGCAAAUCUGUGUCCACAGUUUCUGAUGACAUAUGGCAUUGGUGUGUAAAUUGUACUGUCCCUAGUCUGUGCAUUAUUCACUCAGACAUAUUUUUAGUUAUUUCAAUUGUGUUUAAUCCACUUCUUUUUUACGAGUCAGUAUUUCUGAAUGUUUAUGAAAAAAAAAAAAAUCCCUUUUCAUUCCCAAACUUUCUAAGUAAGUGGAUACACUUCACAAGUUUUUCAGCCUUUCUCUUCCUGUCUCUUGGUCAGACCUACUCAUGGAGGUAUUAUCCGCACUGUGGUCUUGAAAUAAAUGAAUUUCACUAAGGCUGCUUUCGAGAAAGUCUUUGGUAUUUUUCUUAUGUAAGAAGCACAUUUGCAAGAAUCAUGGAAAAAAAUGACAAACUAAUGGCCUAGAAUAGAGUCACUGCUACACUUUAAGUAAUGCAAUGACAUAAAAACCAUCAAAGUAAAACCAACAUUUCAUUUCUUGCCCCCAGGAAAUAUUAGAAUGAGAUUAAUGCCGAUGAGUCACUACUGCUUACACAGCAUCUCUUCCAGGGAGAAUGCCUGACUGACACAGUAAUGAAAGAAUAAAUAGAUCCUAAUGCAGUCAUGAAGCCACUGAAGAAAAUUGUGCCCACCCUUUGCUAUGACCUAUAUAAAAUAUCUCUUUCUUUGGGAUAUUGUCCCCUGAUUUUCUGCAGAAUAGCUCUGCAGCUAAAUAUAUACCAGGCAAGCAUGUACUGUGUUUUGAUUCAUUAUCUUUAAACACAUGAUAUCUCUUCACUUUUUGGAAAGUUAGAUUUCCCUGUAGAUUAUGAAAUGCUUUGCAGUCAGGCCAAGAUGCUACUAGGUGGGGAUGACCACUGAUUCAAAAAAGCUGGAAGAAUCCUAUUUGCUAGUCCAAACUCCUUAUUUUAUCAAAGAGGAAACAUACCCAGAGAGGGGAAGAGACUUGCCCAAGCCCACAGAGGAAGUUAAUUCGCUUAACAAGGAGUAGAACCCAUCCAUCUGGCCAAUAUUCUUUUUACAUCAUAUUGUUCACCCCUACACUGCCUUCAGCAUGGGAGCCACCUGGUUCUGAUGGACCCUCUGACUUCCACCAUUCCUUCUUUGGAAUAUGCUAUAAAAGAAAAUUCAUGGAGAAUAUUUUUCUGGAAGCCUCAUGAUCUUAUGUUUCCUUGCAGUCACCCUAGGGAGAGGGGUUGUAGAAUUCAUACAUUUCUGUAGACAUUCAUCGAAAUGCUGCUUUUGCCAAAUGAAUGUGUGUAUAAUAGGGAUGAAAUGAUAAUUACAGAGUUCAGCACAGACCAGUCAUCAGUUGUAGUGAAACUUUGAUUAUACUGUUACCUACUGGUUGCAUUUUUGGUUUUGGUUUUGCAUUUUUUUUCUUCCCACAAACACUGGCUACUCUUUGUCCUACCCCCUCCACCAUGAUGAAACCAUGUGGAAACUAUUUAAAUCAAUUAAUGUCUUUCUCAUUUUUCGAACAUGUAUGUGCCACCUCCUGGAAGCCAUUUCCCAUAAUCUGUUGUAGGCACUUUACUAGUAUUGCACACAUUCUGGUUAGGUUGAGAAUAGCUAGACUCUUGGUGCUCGCCAUAUAGUAAGCAAGAACUUGGGAGUAAUAAAAGGUGAAUAAAGUGCAUGCUUUGUUUAUUCCCUUUCCUCUAUGAAUAUUUUGCUGCUGCGUUCUAGUCUAUGCCAGCUUUCCAUGUACCCUUGACCUGCCUAUUCAUGAAAUGCCAUGUAAAAGACUUAGGAACAUGAGUAGGUGGUCCACGCUUUGAGGUCCAUCCAAUUAGGGAAUCAUUGUGAAAGCCUGGAAAGGGAACUAGUUUCUGGGAUUUGCCUGGAACUUCCCUUGGAAAUUACUAGCACAUUCUGGAAAAAAGCAGGUUGAACAUAUCUACCAUCAGUCCUCUCCUACUUACUUCCCACCCCACCCUACCCACUACCCCCACUGAUGCUAUGUUUGCAUCAUCAAAGUCAGGGGAAUUGAGAAAGGAGAUUAUCAAAAUAAAUUAUUAAAGAUCCAGAAAACAGUUUUAUGUGAAGUAAUUCAGGAAGAUCUAGUGUUCAUUUUGCAUGGAUUGUCCAGAUAAUUGGCUCUUCACUCCGCUGCCUUCCCAGUGCACAGGUAUUGCUAAAGUGGUUAGGCUUUAAUGUUUUAUGUUUUUAGUUUCAAACCAUGGGAAAUGGAGAUUUGAAGAGGCAUUUAUUCCAUGUCAUCAUUUUGUGUGCUCUGUGAGAAGGUGGUUACAUGUUUUUGCUGGUUUGUGUCCCACAGUGUUCAACUGCACAUUAUUCUGAUGAAAAUCCACGAUGUCUUUGAGCUUCUGGUUGUGUAAUGCUGGGGUUUAAAGUCACCAUUUGUGGGUUUGGCAUCAGUUAAUAUUUAGCCAGCUGGCUAAGAGAUAGGAAAAGAAUAUGAUAUUUCUUUCCUUAUAUAAUAAUGAAAAGCAAUAAUUACAAGUAGGUAAUAAUACGCAAAGGCCAUAAUUAGUCUCUUCUAGUGUUUAGAAUGCACUUGAGAAUCGUAGAGUCAUUUGGAGCGUGUUUGGAUCGAUUAGUAUGUACUGUAGUACCCUUCUGGCAAACAAAUACCUGAAUUGCUACUAUUUAACAAUCUUAUGAGCCCACACUACUGCAUUUUGGGAGUGGCAAAUGUGUUUGGAAAUGGAAGCAGUUCUUUUUAAGCACUGUAUCAGAGAGAUUGUCUUGUACAUUUGCCUGUUGCAAACAGGCUGGUUUGUAAAAGAUGUAUGUUUUGGUGUUUGAAAUGUUUAUAAAAUUGUAUAUAAAUGGUUUCAAUUUUCCAGGCUUUUGUAGAUACUAUAUUUGAUGCCUAUCAGGAUGCUUUAAUUUGGGGGGUCGAAUAUAAUUGUAAGUCAUCCACGCUGUUGGUCUGCAAACUUUCGAGGUAACUACACACACACAGACACACACACACACAAGGAUUUUAGAUUUGAAAAUGAUGUUUUUUACUCAUUUCAAAAUGUACUGUAACCUUUCUUUGGUUCUUACUGUUUUCAUUUAACUUUCUCUGUUUUCAAGAAAAAUGUUUUUAUUGACAUUUGUAAAAAAGAAUGUGUUUUGCCCAGUUAUUAUUUUAUUUUUAUGCAAUUUCAGAGUCUUAAUGAGGUAUGUCAUUUCUUCAUAUACAUGCACACUCACCUCAACUUGCACACACAUCACACACCAAACCUUAUGCAAAGGGGAAAGCUAACACUUAGAGUGGAUUUUGUUCCUUAAGGAAAUGGAUUGUUCAUGCAUAUAUUGCUGGUGGCAGUAUUCAGUCUUGUGUUCUUUUUCUAAAAAAAAAAAAAAAAGAAAAGAAAAAAAAAGCAAACAAAAAAAAGACAGCCAAAAAAAAAAAGAAACAACAACAAAAAAACACAACAGUGUACAGGUUUGUAACUGCCAAAAUUUGAUGGUUAAAACAAGUUUUCAAGUAAAAAGAAAAAAAUGAAACUAGCAA